AUGCCAAGCCGAGUGCUGAAAGGGCCGCCGAUGAAAUCAAUGAUCUCACCGUCGCCCUUUCUGCGACUUGUUUCAGAAAUCAAGAGGGAGCACUGCCGCGUCAACUACGACUCUCCCUUCACGUGUCACAAAUGCGGCAGACGUUACACGUGGACGGACUCCUUGACGAGGCAUCUACGCGAGGGUUGCGGCAUGCUGCCAAAGUACAAUUGUUCGUCAGUGCACAAUUCGUCGGACUAUUAUAAGAGGCUGGGGCGACACUUCUGCACGACUUGCGGGAAAGAGUACAAGUGGAUGCAGUCAUUGAUCAGGCACGAACGGGAGGAGUGUGGCAAGGAGCCGCAACACAGUUGUCCCGUGUGCGGCGCGAAGAUCCGGCACAAGUGGAUGCUGAAGAAACACCUGAUCAACGUUCACAAGUGGGUCAUUCCGAACGGUUACAGGAAGUCCCGUUAUCACAGGCGGUAUCGCGGCAGAUAUACCUGCGACGUGUGCGGCAAGGAGUACACGUGGAAACCGUCUCUGACGAGACACAAGCGCGAAGAGUGCGGCAAACAACCACGUUUCGAGUGUCCGAUAUGCGUUGCGAAGUUUCGCCGGAGCUGUCAACUGAGGCAACACCUGUGUCACGUUCACCAAUGGAAUAACUACCAAUGGGACGACCAUUGGAACGACCAAUGGAAGAACGACGCGUAUUUGUAA